CCCACGGCGCCCAUAGAAGCCCACUUCAGUCUUCCCUCCCCCUUACUCAACCGGGACCGAAUACACACACAACCGCAACCACUACCUCAAGACCAGAUUUUAUCCAGACUCCUUCUAUCUCAGACUCAGGUCAAUCCCAUCAAAAUGCUUCGAGCAACCAUCAAGUCGGCUGGGACCCGCGUCACGGCUGUCACGACGCGUCCCAAGUCGAGUGCUCCUGUUCUGAAGACUCCAAUCUGCACAUCUGUCAUCGAUCCUCCUCUUCUAAUCCCAGGCUACGACUUCCUUGGCAACCGUCUCGAGGACGACGACGAGGUUACGAAGGUCGCCAGUGACAAGAAGGUUGAGCAGUCCGAGGCCGGCAAAGUCAAAGUCCACCACCCGGCUUGGUUCUCCAUCUUGCCGAAGGGUCUGUUGCCGCAGGAGGGUACGACCUACUACGAGAUGUACAUGACCACCAACAAGUCCGUUAAUGUCGUCGCGAAGAAGACCCACGUCAAGCUGGGAUUCCUGCAGCGUGUCCUCUAUGGCGUUCCUGAGGAUGUAUUGGCUCAGGCUGCGGCCGAGUCGGUAAAGGACUCCAUCACUAAGUCAAACGGCAAGGCAACUCUCUGGCACAAGAUCCUCCAUGGAGUCCAAGAUGAGGCAGUCGUCAAGAAGACGGAACUCUGGUCGCAAUGGACGGCAAAACGGAUGGGGAGAAGUCAGACAAGUGCUAAGGAGUCACCGCCAAGGAGAUGCAAACUGUGGUUCACCGUGCCGUUGAGAUGAGAUAGCGCGAAUCAUGGAGACCAACUGAUAGGGUUGGCGAUGUACGAUAUGCUGAGCAG